CUUCGGAGCUGCGGCGGCCGGUAGCGGAGACCGCGCCGGCUCUGGCUGGAGUGGCGGCGGCAGCGGCAGCAGCGGCAGUUCUUCCAAAGGCGCCGCGCGCUCCGGGACACACGUGGGCGGUUGGGAGAUGGCGCGCGGUUCGCGACGUGGCGCGCAGAUCCCGGGACGCGGGAUGGAGCGGCGCGAGUGAGCCCGGGCGGCCGCGCCGCGGGGCGAUGGCCGUGCCACCGCUGCUCCGCGGGGUUCUGCUGCUGUGGCAGCUGCUGGCGACGGGCGGCGCGGCGCUGGAGAUCGGCCGCUUCGAUCCGGAGCGCGGCCGUGGUCCUGCACCGUGCCAAGCGGUGGAGAUCCCCAUGUGCCGGGGCAUCGGCUACAACUUGACCCGCAUGCCCAACCUACUGGGCCACACGUCCCAGGGCGAGGCGGCUGCGCAGCUGGCCGAGUUCGCGCCUCUCGUGCAGUACGGCUGCCACAGUCACCUGCGCUUUUUCCUCUGCUCGCUCUACGCCCCCAUGUGCACCGACCAGGUCUCCACUCCCAUUCCUGCCUGCCGGCCCAUGUGCGAGCAGGCUCGCCUGCGCUGCGCCCCCAUCAUGGAGCAAUUCAAUUUCGGCUGGCCAGACUCUCUCGACUGCGCCCGGCUCCCCACGCGCAACGACCCGCACGCGCUCUGCAUGGAGGCACCCGAGAACGCUACCACAGGCCCUACAGAAACCCACAAGGGCCUGGGCAUGUUACCUGUGGCACCUCGGCCCGCGAGACCACCGGGAGAUUCAGCUCCAGGUCCCGGCAGCGGUGGCACCUGUGACAACCCUGAGAAGUUCCAGUAUGUGGAGAAGAGUCGCUCGUGCGCUCCGCGCUGCGGGCCAGGCGUCGAGGUGUUCUGGUCUCGCCGUGACAAGGACUUCGCGCUUGUCUGGAUGGCUGUGUGGUCUGCGUUGUGUUUCUUUUCCACAGCCUUCACCGUCUUCACCUUUUUGCUGGAACCUCACCGAUUCCAGUACCCCGAGCGCCCCAUUAUCUUCCUUUCCAUGUGCUACAACGUCUACUCCUUGGCUUUCCUGAUCCGAGCCGUGGCAGGUGCACAGAGUGUGGCCUGCGACCAGGAGGCAGGGGCUCUGUAUGUGAUCCAGGAGGGCCUGGAAAACACAGGCUGCACCCUGGUCUUCCUAUUACUCUAUUACUUUGGUAUGGCCAGCUCACUUUGGUGGGUGGUUUUGACUCUCACCUGGUUCCUGGCUGCAGGCAAAAAAUGGGGCCACGAGGCCAUUGAGGCCCACGGCAGCUACUUCCACAUGGCAGCGUGGGGCCUGCCAGCUCUCAAGACCAUCGUGGUCCUGACACUGCGCAAGGUGGCUGGAGAUGAGCUGACUGGGCUCUGCUAUGUAGCCAAUAUGGACCCGGCAGCCCUCACUGGCUUUGUGUUGGUACCUCUCUCUUGCUACCUGGUACUCGGCACCAGUUUCCUCUUGACAGGUUUUGUGGCUCUCUUCCAUAUCCGCAAAAUCAUGAAGACGGGUGGCACCAACACGGAGAAGCUGGAGAAGUUGAUGGUCAAGAUCGGAGUCUUCUCUAUCCUUUACACAGUACCGGCCACCUGCGUCAUUGUCUGCUAUGUUUACGAGCGCCUCAACAUGGACUACUGGCGCCUUCGGGCCACCGAGCAACCAUGUACUGCUGCCACUGUGCCUGGAGGCCGAAGAGACUGCUCGCUGCCAGGGGGCUCGGUGCCCACUGUGGCUGUCUUCAUGCUCAAAAUCUUCAUGUCCUUGGUGGUAGGCAUCACCAGUGGAGUCUGGGUAUGGAGUUCCAAGACUUUCCAGACAUGGCAGAGCCUGUGCUACCGAAAAAUGGCAGCUGGCCGAGCCCGGGCCAAGGCCUGCCGGGCCCCAGGGGGCUAUGGCCGUGGUACCCACUGCCACUACAAGGCCCCCACGGUGGUCUUGCACAUGACUAAAACAGAUCCCUCUCUGGAGAACCCCACACACCUCUAGAAACAUAGGCUUGGCUAUGGGCUAUGUCUGCUCCUUCCUUGCCCUCCCCUCCCCCUUCAGAGACAGCUGAGUAACAGCUGCCCAGCUGUCAAGGUCAGGAAAGUGAGACACAGGGGCUAGGGACUA